AUGGGUUGUCUUCAGAUUUUGAAAGAAACUGGUGCUGUUGGAUUGACAGGGAAAGCAAAAAGGUUGAUGGGUGGGAGCAAAGAGAUUGAGUUCAUCAUUCUAUUGAUUCCGAAUUUGGCUCCUAAAAGUAAUAGCAGACUUGACAAUUGGAAGAAUGGGAGAAAUGGUGGUGGAGAGCAUGGUGUUUCCUUGGAGCCGACCCGAAUAGGAGCACGAAAAAGGGUGGCUCUUAUUCUGCAGAGGAGAAUAAAAACAGGUGUGAAAUUUAAUGUGAUAGCAGAGUGA